GGCGGUUGCAGUCUGGGGCUGCAGACACCCAGCCACUCUCAGCUGAACUGACAGCAUGAAGGCCCUCCUGGCCCUGCCGCUGCUGCUGCUUCUCUCCAUUCCCCCCUGUGCCCCGCAAGUUUCCGGGAUCCGGGGAGAUGCUCUGGAGAAGUCUUGCCUUCAGCAGCCUUUGGACUGCGAUGACAUCUACGCCCAGGGCUACCAGGAGGAUGGCGUGUACCUCAUCUACCCCUCGGGCCCCAGUGUGCCUGUGCCCGUCUUCUGUGACAUGACCACCGAGGGCGGGAAGUGGACGGUUUUCCAGAAGAGAUUCAAUGGCUCAGUGAGUUUCUUCCGGGGCUGGAACGACUACAAGCUGGGUUUUGGCCGUGCUGAUGGGGAGUACUGGCUGGGGCUGCAGAACAUGCACCUCCUGACUCUGAAGCAGAAGUAUGAGCUGCGAGUGGACCUAGAGGACUUUGAGAACAACACGGCCUAUGCCAAGUACGCCGACUUCUCCAUCUCCCCCAACGCGGUCAGUGCAGAGGAGGAUGGCUACACCCUCUACGUGGCAGGCUUCGAGGAUGGCGGGGCAGGUGACUCCCUGUCCUAUCACAGCGGCCAGAAGUUCUCCACCUUUGACCGAGACCAAGACCUGUUUGUGCAGAACUGCGCAGCCCUCUCCUCAGGAGCCUUCUGGUUCCGUAGCUGCCACUUUGCCAACCUCAACGGCUUCUACCUUGGUGGCUCCCACCUCUCCUAUGCCAAUGGAAUCAAUUGGGCCCAGUGGAAGGGCUUCUACUACUCCCUCAAGCGCACCGAGAUGAAAAUCCGCCGGGCCUGAGGGGCUGGCCCCGUCAGGCCCUCCUCCCCCACUGGCCACCCCAGGUCUCCAUGAGUGCUCCCUCUGUGCCACCCCCCAGCGCAGAGCCCCUGAUAGAUUGUUUCUGCUGCUCCCUGGUCAUCAGCUUCUCACAGGGGGCCUUGUGGCUCUCAGCCAUGGCUGAUCCCCAUCACACAUGUCCAUCUCCACGCCAGGCCCUGCUCCCCUGCACCUGAGGCUAUGCUGCUACCAGCUCCCCAGGCCUUUUCUGAGGCAUAGGUGUCCCUGGCUGGGCUCCAUGAGACUGAGUUGUCUCUGUCCUGUCCCAACAGCUGAGAGCCAGGAGCCGCCCCCGCCAGAUGCAGGCUCUUGUGUUCCACCUUACCCAGCUUCCUUACUAUGGACCCCUCUCUGGGGCCACCCUAGUGUUGCUAGGCUGAGUGGCACUGUCUGACCAGUGCCCACAGUGUAUGCCAGGCCACACCAGCACUGAGAACACCCUCUGGCUGUUCUCAGAGUACAUUCCACCCCUGGCCUCCCUCCCACCAACCUACUCCCCUGUGGUGAGCACCAUGGACCCCCAGCCCCACCACACUACCAUACUCAGCUCCCCUACCUGGCCAUCCCAGCCCCCCAAAGCUCAAUGCCAGAUGGUAUUCACCACCGCUAUGGCACGUCACUCUGAAACAGCCACAGCCAAGGU